ACAUAUUCGUUCAGAACCACCAACAUUCCUGAAGAGACUUGGUGAUUGCGAAAUUUAUCCUGGAAUGACAGCUAAGUUUACAGCAUGUGUAGCUGGCAGCCCGGAACCAGAAGUAGAAUGGUUCAAAAAUGAUCAAAAACUUUUCCCAUGCGAAAAAAUAUCUAUGGAUCACGAGCCGAAUGGAUUACUACGACUUACCAUCAAGGAUGCAGAUGACACUGAUGUUGGUCGUUAUACCUGUCAUAUAUUUAAUCCAUAUGGAGAUGAAACCUGUCAUGCACAUCUCAUUUAUGAUAAUAUUGACGACAACCGCAGAAAACCUCUUUCAGAGCAAUAUAAUGAUAUAAAUAAAUAUAAAAGGACAGGCGUGCCUACACCGAUCACGGAAAAACCUACAAUAUCACGAAUGGCUGACAACAAUUUGAAGUUGGCUUGGAAACCGUCCGUGGUUACAACGCCCCAUUAUCCUGUGACAUAUCUGGUGGAAAUGAUGGAUUUGCCAAGCGGAGACUGGCGCACGGUUCACGCUGGAAUUAGGAGUUGCUCUUGCGUUAUUGACGGAUUAGAACCAUUCCGCGACUACCGACUACGAGUUCGAGUUGAGAAUAAAUAUGGUGUAAGCGACCCCAGCCCAUACUUGCAAACAUAUAGGCAAAAAAUAGUUCCAGAGGAAAAGAAAAAAUACACUUAUUUGGCUCCUGGUGUCGACUUUAGACCAGAGACGUCGCCUUAUUUCCCCAAAGAUUUUGAUAUUGAACGACCACCUCAUGAUGGACUUGCACAAGCGCCACAAUUUUUACGACGAGAAAACGAGUGCAGUUAUGGAGUCAAAAAUCAUAACACCGAGUUAAUGUGGUUUGUAUAUGGCUAUCCAAAACCCAAGAUGACAUACUAUUUUGAUGACACGCUCAUAGAACCUGGAGGAAGGUUCGACUACAGUUAUACUCGAAAUGGGCAGGCUACCCUCUUCAUAAAUAAGAUGAUUGAGCGAGAUGUUGGGUGGUAUGAAGCGGUUGCCACUAACGAAUAUGGCGAAGCUAGGCAGAGAGUCAAAUUAAUGAUAGCUGACUAUCCACGCUUUCUAAAGCGCCCUGACGAAACGUAUAUCAUGAUGAGAAAAAAUGGUCGCUUAGAAGCUCAUAUUGUUGGCGAUCCAUUACCGGAAAUCAGAUGGUUUAAAGACUGGCAACCCAUUGCCGACAAUGCCCGAAUUAAGACUAAUUAUUACGAACCAAAUAUUUAUGUGCUUUCAAUUAAUGAUGCAAUAAUUAGAGAUGAGGGUCUAUAUUCGGUUUGUGCCCGCAAUGUGGCAGGAUCCAUAAGCACAUCUGUGAUGCUUCAUAUAGAGGAAAAUGAAGACACAUAUAUCUAUAAAACAUAUGGAAGGUUGCCAUACAUUCGAGCGAAACAAAACCGUUAUAACGAUAAAUACGAUAUCGGUGAUGAAUUAGGGCGUGGUACACAAGGAAUCACUUACCACGCGGUUGAACGUGCAACAAGUGAUAACUAUGCCGCGAAAAUUAUGUAUGGUCGACACGAAUUACGACCGUUCAUGUUAAAUGAGUUGGAAAUUAUGAAUGGCCUUAAUCAUAAAAAUCUGAUUCAACUACAUGAUGCUUAUGACCUUGACAAAAAUGUUACCCUAAUUAUCGAGUUAGCAGCCGGUGGAGAACUGGUCAAAAACAACUUACUUAAACGAAACUAUUACACUGAAAGAGAUAUUGCAUACUACAUAAGACAAGCAUUAUGGGGCUUGGACCACAUGCACGAUCAUGGUAUUGGACAUAUGGGGCUAACGAUAAAGGAUUUACUGAUAUCUGUUGUAGGAAGCAAAAACUUGAAAUUAUCAGAUUUCGGUCUCUCCCGAAAAAUUAAUAGCCACGAUUUAAAUCCUCUAGAUUUCGGGAUGCCGGAAUACGUUUCACCUGAAGUUGUUAAUAAAGAGGGUGUUGGAUUUGCUCACGAUAUGUGGGCUGUAGGAAUUAUAACCUACGUACUGCUAAGUGGGCGGAACCCUUUCCGUGGUAGUGAUGACUACGAAACACUGUCAAAAAUUCGUGAGGGGCGUUGGGAAUUCAGCGAUUCAAUUUGGUCUCAUAUAUCCGAUAAUGGACGAGAUUUUAUUUCCCGCCUUUUGUCGUAUAGAGCAGAUGAUCGGAUGGAUGUAAAAACAGCGUUAAAACAUCCAUGGUUUUUUAUGUUAGACUCAUUACCGACUGGAGAAGAAUAUCAAAUCACUACAGACAAUCUACGAAGCUAUCAAGACCAAUUUGAUGACUGGAGUGAAAAUUCAGCUUGCAAACAAUAUUUCCGACGUAGACGACUCAGUGGUUGUUAUACUCAUCCCUCUAGAAUGGUUUAUCCACCAGGUCAUUCAUAUACCCCUGAACCUACUCCAGAACCAUUACCAGAACCAAAAAAAUAUUCCACAAAAAGGGAAAACACAAUGUCAAAAUAUUUGCAUCCAGAUUAUGAGUUGGGCUUAAUUCAGUCCGAAAGUCACUACCAAUAUGGACCAGAUACCUAUCUUCUUCAACUUAGAGAUGUUAGUUUUCCAGUAAGGUUACGCGAAUAUAUGAAAGUUGCUCACAGAAGAUCGCCUUCAUUUGCACUCAACGAUAGCGUUGAUUGGUCUUUGCCAGUAAUUCGAGAACGUCGCCGAUUUACUGAUAUAAUGGAUGAAGAAAUUGAUGAUGAACGAAUUCGAAGCAGAAUAAAUAUGUAUAGCUCGAACGAUUCGUUCACUAUUCGUAGGCUUCGAACAGAAUUGGGUCCCAGACUUGAUGAAUAUACGGAAGCUGAGGCACUAAUUGAAAGCCAAAGAGAAGGAUGUCUUCCUUUCUUUAGAGAAAAGCCCCAAACUCUUGCAAUUGUCGAAUAUCAACCAGCACACAUACAUUGUUUUGCAGUUGGAGACCCAAAACCGUGUAUACAAUGGUUUAAAAAUGAUAUGGUACUAAUUGAGUCAAAUAGGAUUAAAAUAUUAACUGAUGAAGAUGGAAGAUCUAUUCUACGUUUUGAUCCGGCUCUCCAUACAGAUAUAGGCAUAUAUAAAGCCGUCGCCAGAAAUUCGCUUGGUCAAACUGUGUCAAGAUGUCGGUUAGUUGUUGCUACAUUGCCGGAUGCUCCUGAUUCUCCAGAAGUAUCUGCAGUUAGUGGCAAAGAAAUUCUUCUUAGAUGGAAACAGCCCCGAAAUGAUGGUCACUCAACAGUUUUAUGCUAUAGUUUACAAAAGAAAGAAUUUAGCUCGGAUAUAUGGACAACGAUUGCCGACAAUAUAGAUCAUGAGUUUUAUUUUGUGAAUAAUCUGCAGCCUAACACCAAAUACCAAUUUAGAUUGGCAUCUAGAAAUCGAAUUGGUUGGAGUGAAAUGAACAUCCCAUUGACAGCUGAAACAGCAGCCAUGGAUUCACCAAAAAUACAGAUAUCAAAGGCAAUGGAACAUUUACAAAAACUAACAGAAAGCGGUCAAGAAAUCGUGGCAGAAGAAGAACGAGUACAUACUGACUAUCAUUGUGAAUGUGAACCUCCAAAUUGGAUAACUGACAGCAGUGUUAAUGAAAAAUAUAGUUUUAUAUCAGAAAUACAUAGAGGAGAAUUCAGUACCAUUGUAAAAGGAAUUCAAAAAUCAACCAACGCAAUGAUCGUUGCUAAAAUUUUUGAUUUAAAUGAGGAAACUGAACCUCUUAUAUUAGAAGAAUUUGAAAAUUUUAGAACGUUAAGGCAUGAACGUAUUGCAGCACUAUUUGCAGCAUAUAAACCAGUUAACGUACCUUUAGUUAUUUUUAUAAUGGAAAAACUACAGGGGGCUGACGUAUUGACAUACUUUAGUAGUCGCCAUCAAUACACUGAGCAAAUGGUAGCAACGGUUAUAACACAACUAUUAGACGCAGUUCAAUACUUGCAUUGGAGAAGUUAUUGUCAUUUAAAUAUUCAACCUGACAAUAUUGUAAUGGCAUCGGUGCGAUCGGUACAAAUCAAAUUGAUUGACUUUGGUUCCUCUAAGAGAGUUAGUAAAUUAGGAGCAAAAGUUGCAGCGAGGUGCAUGCUAGACUUCCAAUCUCCUGAAAUGGUGAACGAAGAACCCAUAUUCCCGCAAAGUGACAUUUGGUCUGUGGGUGUGCUUACAUAUCUUUUGCUUUCUGGAAAAAGUCCUUUCCGCGGAACUGAUGACUAUGAUACAAAGCAAAAUAUAUCGUUUGCCCGCUAUAGAUUUGAGAACCUCUAUAAAGAAGUUACUCCUGAAGCAACUCGAUUUAUUAUGUUCUUGUUUAAGCGACAUCCUACAAAACGACCUUAUUCUGAGGAUUGUUUGGAGCAUAGAUGGCUUAUGUCUUCUGACUAUAUGAUCAAGAAAAGGGAGCGAGCUGUGUUCCUAGGAAAUCAACUUAAGGAUUUUGCUGACAUGUACAAGGAUAUUAAAGAAAGUCACGCCACAUCAACCCAAACGAUUACUCAGUCGCUAAAUGGAGGGCCAUCAACAACGCAGCUAUUACGUUCAAAUAGCAUUCAGGAAGAACUUUAUGCUACAUUUUAAGCUUUCUUCUACAUGUUGAAUUAUUGAAAAAAUUAUGUAUAGUCAAAUAAAAAAUUAUUAACAUCGGCA